AAUACAUUUAGUAGAUGUACUAAUAGUCUCUUGACUAUACAUAACUAUAAGAGCAUUGUACAUCUAUAAAGCAGUAUGUUGCCAUAAUGACAAUGAAAAAACAAAGUGGUUAUGAUUUAGCAGUAUAUGGUCUAAAAAAUGGUGGAUUUUAUACCAUUCAUAUAACGGCGCUAACAUGUAUAUCUGUAAGCUUCAUAACAGCUAUAGUGGUGAUAUUUAUUUCAUUUAAACACCAAAGAAUAACAACAUUUUUCACAUGGAUAAAGAGUGAACGGUUUGUUGUUUAUCUUGCAUUUUGUGAUGCCUUGUUUAAUAUCUGUCACUCGAUGGAUCAUCUGCAUGUAGUUGUCACGAAAAACCAUGUUUACCCUAAGGGUCUUUGCGUGUUUUAUGGAAUCAUGUUAGCUGAAUUUACUACGGCUCAGAAUCUUAUGGUGAAUGUAGUUGCCAUCAACGCUUUUAUUUUGAUUUACUUUCGUAAAAAUCUCGACUUUGGAAGCUGGGAUUGGAAGUUAUUGCUAUGGGUGUUUGGAACACCGUUUCUUGGCAGUAUGAUAGCUCUUGCAACUGGUACAAUGGGACCAAACGGAACUUUCUGCUAUUUUGAUGGCGUGAAUGGGGUUUAUGCGAAUUUGCUUUAUACUACAGUGCCUUUGAUCAUAAUCCUUCUGAUGAAUAUCAUCCUUUAUGUUCUAACAUGGUAUCGCAUCCGGAAGGAGGAACCAAGGUUUAAAGAUUUAUCUGGACAGAAUUCCAAUGCUGUUCGUUCGUCACACAGGGCAGCCAAAAAUAUGUCAUUGUUUGUGGCAGCUUUUUUUAUGCAAUGGUGGGCCACGGUCGUGUAUGGGGUGUGGCAGAUAUUUACAGAUGUUCCACAAGAAUUGAUUCAGUGUGUUACGACUUUCUCAAAUAUUGGAGGAAUUUUAAAUGGCAUUGUUUAUGUGAUCAUUAGAAGAAGGAACGGCAGUAUUUGCCAUUAAAGACUACUUGAAUAUUGAACGCUGUAGUCAACUGCUUACUAUGUUGCUGGAAUCAGAAACUCAAAGCAUUUUUUUUAUAUACCCACAUGCUUUGACUUUAUGCAUAUGUAGAAUUAGCCUCUAUCGCUUUGACCGAAUUGUUAUUUUGAAAAAUGCUAUCAAGAAAAAUGUCAUGGCUAGUUCAGAUAAGAAACAAAUAUAUUUCAACUUGCUUGUCGUCCUGGCACAAUGAAAAUACUUUUGAUUCAUUGUCCUUGCUUCACUCGCAAGGAAACAUUUUUGUAAUAUGCAUGUUUUUCCGUCUAGCAAUAGCAUCACAAAAUUUGGAAGUUGUUAGUCUCUUUUUCAUGCAUGGUAUUUGUUUACGCUUUCACCAGUAACUAUAUUGUAACUGCAAUUUAUUUAUGCAAGUUUUAUCUUCUGAACAGGUUUAAAAAUUGACUGUUUGAAUAAUACUAGUUGAUAGAGUGGUGCUUCAAUAUGUUUGCAGCAUCCACUUGCACCAGUUAUGCAACUACAUUUUGACUUCAGAAUAUCUGCAGAUAAUUGACACAAAUGUACAUCAACCGUGUAUCUAAUCUUUUUAAAAAAUUGUCUAUAGGGCCGUUCACUCGCAAUGUUUACCCGGGUAAAUGUGAUUGGUUGGAACUUACGUCAUAGUGGUAUUGCCCGCUACCAUAGCAACCGUGUUUUAAGUUUAAAUGUGGCAGCAUUAAAAGUAAAGAAACACGGCAAAAAGUAAAUCAAACGCGAAGCAGAAGUGAAACUUACUUUUAUCUUUUAAAGCAUUCUAUGUUGUAGCUACAAUAAAAAUCUGUAAUGUUUACACGAUAUUCGAUUUAAAAAAACAUAUUUUUAGUACGAAAUGUACGUUCCAUAUUGAAAUAGUUUCUAUAAAGACAUCC